UCUGCCUCUGACCUAGUGUUGAAUAUCCCCAGGCCUGUUCCCAGAAGGGACCUGAGGGAUACUGGUGCACCAGGCGAGGAGGCUCACUAACGGGAUCAGGGGACCAUGAACUGGAGUGUGUUUGAAGGGCUCCUCAGCGGGGUCAACAAGUACUCGACGGCCUUUGGCCGCAUCUGGCUCUCCGUGGUCUUCAUCUUCCGCCUGCUGGUCUACGUGGUGGCAGCCGAGCGGGUCUGGAGCGACGACCACAAGGACUUUGACUGCAACACGCGGCAGCCGGGCUGCACCAACGUCUGCUACGACCACUUCUUCCCUGUCUCCCACAUCCGCCUCUGGGCCCUGCAGCUCAUCCUGGUGACCUGUCCAUCCCUCCUGGUCAUCAUGCACGUGGCCUACCGGAAGGCCAAGGAGCAGAGGCACCGCGCUGCCGGUGGGGACAGCUGCCGCCAUGCCUACAUCAGCCCUGGCAAGAAGCGCGGGGGGCUGUGGUGGACCUACCUGCUCAGCCUCAUCUUCAAGGCUGGUGUGGACAUCAUCUUCCUCUACAUCUUCUACCGCUUCUACAGGAACUACACCCUGCCCCGGCUGGUGAAGUGCGAGCUGUCACCCUGCCCCAAUGUGGUAGACUGCUUCAUCUCCCGGCCCACUGAGAAGACCAUCUUCACUCUCUUCAUGGUGGUCACCUCCUGCGUCUGCGUUGUGCUGAGCCUUGUUGAGGCCACCUACCUGAUCGGCAAGCGGUGCUGCGAGUGUGCCCAGGCCCAUGGGAGGAUGAGCUGCCAGCACAGCCAGGACUGCACACCUCCCCUCACCCAGCCCGCAAGCACAGAGGGGCAGGUUUUCCACGGAGCAGACUUCAAGCCCCCCACGGCCGCCAUCCUCCCCGCAGCCUCCAGCACCUGCACACCACCCAAGGAGGAGGCUCUUCCCUAGAGCUGCUCCGGGAAAAAGGAGGAGCCAUUUACCCUGCACCCUUCUCAUCUUCCUGCUCCAUUCCCUCUGGUGCAGGAGCACUGAGGGUGACAGCACCUGGGAGUCAGGCUGUGCCUGAGGCCUCUCUCCCAUCCUGGGGAAGGCAUGUUACAUGGUUCUGCAGAAUUUGGGGUAAACCCUGUGCUGUAGGACACUGUGGUUCCUGAGAGCCAACAGGCACAAGAAGCUCCACAGUGGCUGGGAACUAGCAGCAGAGCCUGGAGGUCGAGCCUGUCCCAUCUGGGUUGGCUUAGCUGGUCGUGGGUGUAUCCUUGCAAUGAAUAAAAAUUUCUGUCCCUAAGAAGCAGUAGCCA